UAGACUCAUUGCAGAUGUUUUUUGUCCUUGAGAGCACAUAAAAAUAUUGGCAACCUUUUCAAUUAAAAAGCAAAACAUUUGAAACUAGAGGCUUGGAAAAUAGGCGGCAAUGAAAGACUAAUAACCACAGCCUAAAAUCAAGUUUAGCUAAUAAUUUCGAGGUAAGCCCUUAAGCGUUUAUGGUUUCAGUUUUUCUCGUUUAAUCAAAAAAACCAAACGCUGAUGUUUAUUACGCUGAUUGCGAACUUAUUUACGAACAGUUUGUACUGAAUAUCUCACAGAUUGUUUUAUCUCAAUGCAAUAUUUUUCUUUUUGUCUGUUUUCGCUUUUCAUAGCAUCAGCGCUUGGUUUGCAUAAAUGUUUAUAUUUCAUUUCUGGUCACGAGGAUUUCGGAAGUCAUUUAUUGGAGACUUUCAUUUUGACAACUUCAUUUGCAAUCGCUAGAUCAGACGCGAAAGAAAAGAAAGUCGGUUUUGGCGCUGGAAAAGCCAAACUUGCCGCCAGGCGACUUGUACUAGUAAAACUUCAUUCCAAAAACUGUUCGAACGGGAAAGAUUUUUUAAUGAUCCGCGCGAAGCUUAACAGAAAUGGACCCAAAACGGAAAAACAGUGGAUCUUGCACGUUAAGAGGUAAAGAAGCUUUACUUGAAUGGAGUAAGCGGCAAACUGUUGGAUACAAGAACGUUCGUGUGUGUAACAUGACGACCUCAUGGAGGGAUGGACUAGCAUUCUGCGCAAUAAUACACCGUUUCAAGCCGGACUUCAUCGACUUUGAGAAUCUCUCCAAGGAUAACAUGAUAGAAAACAACAACCUGGCCUUCAAGGUUGCGGAAGAGCAGCUUGGUAUCCCAGCCUUACUGGACGCGAGUGAUCUGGUAUUUAUGGAUGUCCCGGAUGAACAGAGCAUCUUGACUUACGUUUCCUCGUUGUACUGUCACCUUAGCGACAUCAACACUUCAGAAGACGCAACGGAAACAAACAACAAUACCAACAAAGCAGGAAAACCCAGACGACACUUGUUUGAUAUUCUGGCUGACGAGGCGUACAAACGGCGUUUUAAAUUAAGACAACGUGAGAUAAUCGAGGAAAGCGAUUCCGAAAUAACUGCCUAAAAGUGGACAAACAGAGGAGUUAUUUUAUAAACACUAGAAGACGAUAUUUCAAUUUAAGUUCUGGUCUGAAUCGAAAUAUACGUUUUUUCAAACUGUUUCUACUAAAUGUUACACCAAAAGUCUCAUACCAUAUGCUCCGCGUAGAGUUAUUUUCGUAAGUCUAGAGAGAAUGAAGUGUAAUCAUAAUAAACAUGAAACAAAUCGUUGCAUUCGAAACGCAGUUUGCAUAGCAGCCCCAGGGUAGGGAGGAGGGGGCAGUUGUCCUUUCUUAAUUAGCUGCUGAAUUUAAGGAUAGAUUUCAAGCGACUUCAAUUCCCAGACUAUAGACUGCAUUCUUAAGAAUAUAUUUUUGAAAUGCAAAGCAAUUGCAGUCAAAUGAAAUAAUACAAACGUGCAAUACAACGAACGACAUGAUAUUCUUGAUAGUCUUGAUAGCACUUCAUGUAACAUGAUUCUAAAAAAGCACAUUAUCACGAUUUCAGAUGAUCACAUGAUUCGGCCUGAAUUUUUUAGGAAUAUUCUAACUGUCCGCUUUUUACUCUUGUGUCAUAUAAAUUUUUGUUUAAAAAAGACGAAAUGAUAUCCGAACGUGUCUUGCAUGGCUUAUCUUUCGUUCUCUUUCCAUUCGACCAAAAAUUCCGGUUUGCAUCUUUGGAAAUUUCCAGUGGCAAAUGGGACAGCGUUGGACAACCUCGGGAGCUAAACCAAUUCGAAAAUUUCUUACCGGACAUUUCUGUUCCAUUUGAUUUUCAUCUGGGAAUUUUCGGUUAAAUUGUUUUCUUUUCGGAAGUUAAUAAUUUUCAAAUUUUCCGAAAACCUUCCAACAAAAUUUCCGUACCAUUUGCCCCGUUUCGAAAGUUCCGGAAGUUUUGGUUGAAUGGAAAGCGUCCCAGGGAAACCCUGGGGUGUAACGCCGGACUUGAUAUCAAGGGAGUUUAAUUCAAAUGACGAAUCAUCGUUACAGCUCUUUCUAAAGGCACGAGUCUUAGAUUUUAAAGUCACUGAGGUUUAAUACCGUUGCCGAGCUUGUAACAUAACUUUACUCAAGCUGUUUUUAUGACAGCAGAAAUUAUUAUGAGUGCUAUGCAUUAAAAGUAAGUUUUCCAAUACGUCUGGUUUUCACUUUAGUUCGGUUACAUGUGCCCUGGUUUUCAAUUCAGCCUCAUUCGUUUUCCCGGUAUUGGGCUGGAACUUCAAGCCUCGUCACAUUUAGAUGAAACACAUGCAAAAUGUUUUGAAUUUCGAUCAUAGCAACUAGUAAAAAAGUGUCAAAAUUAAACCUCCGUUCAUGGGCCUAUGAGCUGGGAGGGCGAGGCGGGCUGCAGACCCCCCCAGCUACGGAAAUUAUGUGAGUUUUUGGGUAA